CGCGCUGUCGCCCACCAUCCCACCAUGAUUUUUGUCGACAUUUACGACAUGGCCGGCUGGUGGACGUUCGUAAUUGGCCUUCAAGUCAUUUUCAUAUCGGCUUACUAUAUAUGGACGAAGAAUAAAUCGCGGAGACGUGAGGAACCGCAAUGCAACAAGAAUAAUAUUGUAUGGAAGCCGAAACCUUUAAUUGAACACGAUGUAGUUGUCGAGGAGCCUCCUGCAAUGGGUAGAAUUGACGAUAAUGUGUUAAACGUUGGUGCUACAAGCUUCUUGUGCCUUGAUAAAGAGAAAUCUAUUAUGGACAGUGCAUUAGAAUCGUUGAACAAGUAUGGAGUAGGUUCUUGUGGGCCGAGAGGCUUCUAUGGUACUAUAGACGUGCAUUUAGAGCUGGAAGAACGUCUGGCUAAGUUUCUAGAAGUAGAAGAGACCUGUGUGUACUCAUAUGGGUUCUCUACAAUUGCUAGUGCGAUACCUGCUUAUGCAAAGAAGGGAGACAUAAUAUUUGUAGAUGAAUGUGUCUGGUUCGCCAUCCAAAAAGGAUUAGAUGUUACGCGUAGUACAAUCCGUUACUACAAACACAAUGACAUGGAUCACCUUGAAGAGUUACUCUCUGAGGCUGCAAAUAAAAAGGAGCUGAACUCUCGCAGACGAGCUUUCCUUGUUGCAGAAGCUAUUUAUUUUAAUACUGGUGAAAUGUGUCCACUGAAACGACUUGUGGAACUCGCAAGAACAUACAAGUUGAGAAUAAUUUUGGAUGAAAGUCUUACAAUUGGGGUAAUAGGCAAAAAUGGCCGCGGCAUCACCGAGCAUCUGGGCAUACCACGAGACGAGAUCGACUUAAUCGUUGGCUCGUUGGAACACAGCUUCGCAACCAUCGGGGGCUUUUGCGCUGGAACACACUUCGUCGUUGAACACCAGAGGCUGUCUGGUUUAGCCCUGUCGCAACUCAAGUACUUCAGAUUCCGCGGCGAUGAAAUAUCACCCGUCAAGCACGUGUACCUGAAAAAAGAAGACCUGACUGACCGCCUGAAACACACGUACCUCCGGGACAUAACCACAUAUUGCUUAGAUAAAGGCGUCGCUAUGACAGUGGCGGCUUAUUUGAGAGAUGUUGAAUACAAAUGUCCGGAGCCUUCGAUAAGAUUGGCGUCGAGCAGGAAACUGAACGAUGAUAACAUUAAACUUAUUUGUUCACUGUUAGAUGAAGCUUAUGAAAUAGUUGGACCGAAACCAGAUUUGCAGCCGGUAUCUUAAUUAUUUACUAUAUUUUACGCUAUUAAGGCGCCUUUAAAUUAGACGCUUAUGUAAGCGCCGCAGUGUCGCAACAGGCGUGCGUCAGUGGUGCUUCAGUAAUGUUUAUUUCGGUGGUUAAAAGGUAAAACUCACUACGUCCCAUUUUGAUCAAAAAGGGUUUUUUUGUUCAAUCUUUGCUUCAUGAGAAUAAUAUUUACGGUAAGAAAAAUUUUGUAAGUGCGCAGUGUUGUUCUUCAUUAUAAAACUCGAUUUCGAAAAACAUAAAAUCUUAAUUGUCUCCAUUAGUCAAUUUGGCUUUUAAGUAAGUUUUACCUUUACACCGACAAUUUCACUAAUUGUGGCUUCAAAAGCGCUGCAUGUGCGCUUAUAAAUAUUGUAUGAAAAUUAUUAGUAGCACGGCGCCACUAUAGCACUUCUAUAAGCGUCUAAUUUAAAGGCACCCUUAUGCUGAAUCGGCACAGUAUUCGUUCUACUUAUUAUAUAGAAACUUGACGCUUUACGCAAGAAUUCUCAAAACGUGCGUAAUUUACUUUAAUAGUAUUAAGCACGUUGACGUGCGUAUUUCUUAGAUAACUGUAAGGUUCAGUUUACACUGUACAUAGCAUAAUGAACUUCAUAUCAAUUGUGUAACGUAGAAACUAGAUAGGAUACGGUAGCUGCGGCAAUUCGCAAGACUGCGAGGAAUUUUCCAGAAGAUGCGCGACCUGGAGGACUACCACGGAAUACGAAGCAACGACCGUCGUUUUAGCUUCAUAUCGGAUCGGAGGUUAGCACGAAACACGUACGAAAAUGAUUUGACACUUAUGUCUUGACAUUUCGGAGUAAGGACUUAUCCUUACUCCGAAAUGUCAAUGACAGCCUUCGUAUCGAAUUUUGACAUUACUUUCA